UACAUAUCCCGUGAAGUUAGGCGAGUGUCGUCCGCGACUCGAAAGAAACAGCUGUUCUGCUGUUGGGUUGGAUGGUUACUUUGACAGGAAGGUCGAAGGAUAAAAGCGAAUGUUUUAUUUAGAUUUAAUCGUUUUAAAUGAUAUCGCGAAUAUUCCGUGGCGAAAAUGAGAACGUCGCAGUCAAGAGAAAACGGCAAAUCGACACCCUGAAAAUUUUUAACGACAAUGUAGUAGAAUUAAGAGAAGAUGUGGAAUAUCAAGUACAAUUCAACACUGAGGAUAGGCGAAUGGCUAUUACGGUCUCUUUGUCGCCAGAGUUUCCGUUGGAAAAGCCAGUGCUCAAGGUUUCGCCACCUAUAAACCACCCUUGGUGCAACGAACACAGUGAAAUCACAAGUGCCCCGGGGUUACUUAACUUUACAGUGCACAGCGAUCUAGGUCGUGUCGUUCAAGCUAUCAUUAGAGAGUUUAGUAGAAACCCUCCGCAAUUAAAAGACAUCUCUCCUGGAUCCGCGAAGUUGCACAGAGAUUUACAAGGAAGGAAUUCGCCGUCGUAUUCGAUGCAACAAUACCAGGAGAUCCCGCCAACGUCAUACAAUUCUUAUUACGCCACACAGUUCCCGCAGUAUUCGUCCGCGUCCAGUGCGAACACUCAUAUUUAUAACUACGAUCACUCGACUUCCGGUAACGCGUACAUGACGGAUGGCCACACGAAGUUCGGUUCUCCGUCCCAACACACGACGUCAUACUCGGGUUCGCUUCGCAACACGGAUCCGGUUAGAUACAAUUCGAAUCAACACGCGACUUACUUGAAUUCGCACUACGUAAACGCGAAUUACCAGCAGCAGCAGCAGCAGCAGCAACAACAGCAACAACAACAGCAACAACAGCAACAACAGCAGCAGCAGCAGUCGUUGCCGAAUCAAACGAAGCCGCGGCAGAGCGUCGCGUUUCCGGAGUUGAACAGCUUGACUAACGAGGAAUUGAAACUGCUCAGCGAGGACGAUGACAGACUCGACGAAUUCCUUGACAAACAUUCCGAGAUAAAAGACGUUAACACGGCUAUCGACGACGCGAUAGAUUGGGUCCAAAAAACUGCCGAGGCGAAUUUAGCCAAAGAACCCGAGCUUAGAGAAUUGCAGUCUGACGUAGCGACCAAAGCGGAAACGGUAGCCGCGCUGAAGGCCAGAUACGACCAGCUGAUACAACGAUACAACAAACUGUCCGAGGUGUUCACCCCGGACCACAUAAAGGAGUGUCUGAGGAAAGCGGCUGACGAGAGCCACGAGAAGAGCGAAAGGAUCGCCGAGGAUUUCUUGGAUAGGAAGAUCGACGUUGAACGAUUUCUCAGCACGUACAUCGAGUGCAGGAAGCUGGGACAGGCGAGGAGAACGAAGGAGGAGAAACUGGCGCACCAACUGAACGAAUUGAAACGGGCCGGUUACUAAACUAACGUCUAAUCUUACCUUUUUCUAUCGAUUGAACAAACCUGUAAAUAAUUGCCUAGUUAAAUUAAACGACACUGUGAAUUCGAGAAUUAGCGUUCGUGUUUAUCAAAUUAUCUAUAUAUGACAAUGAUACUCGCUGGCAGAGAACAUUUUUAUAACACGUAUUAUCGAUUACGUUGCGAAGUAACAUGUCACCGCUUUGUUACGUUCAGGCGACUGUGAAAAUCGUGCGGCAUCUCGGGACGAAUGAAUAAAUAAUAGAAGAGUUAUUGGAAAUGAUUAGAGAUCUGUGCUUGUAAAAUUGAUCGGAAAACCAAAGGGAGACGCCGAUCCGGAGAGAAAUACUUGAAACAACGUACUUAUCUCUUCACCGUACAGAGCAAGUGUCUUUUUAAAUGAAACGCUGCGACUCUGAUCAAAUGCGUGGCCGUCAUCGUUCCGAAUACGGGAUACCUUUUCUUUUUACUAUGUAAAUAAACGCGCGGAUGAGAAUUCGAUUUUUCAAAUGUUUGCUAUUCAGUAACGUUAAUCUAAUUAAUUAUCCUACGGAUGUUCCUAACGACGUUUGUAAUAUAUCGACUGUAUAGAUACGUGGCGUCUGAUGCGAGAAAAUGCUUUUUUUAAAACAGGUGUGCCGUGUGUUGUAAUCCCAUUAGAUAAAUAUCCAUCAUUAUUAUUUAAGAAUUACGGCUUAAGUUUCGGUUAAAGACAUACGUUCGAAUGAUGCAACUUUCAAAUUGUCAAGGUAACUGUUGUAGAAAUCGUAAGUUGUACAUAACGUAAAAAUGAAUUUAUAAUAAAAUAAUAAAUUCAA